CAACGUUCUCACUCUCAGUCACGGGCGAGCCGGCAACGGCACCCGCACGUCUUUAAUUCUUCUCUUUACAUACAAAUAACAACAAUUAAGUUACACUAAGGUAUUUAUUACGCGUAUUAAUGAUACAGAUAAUUUGAAUAAUUUAAACUUUGUUGGAAUUCGUAAACAAGUGACAGCAAAUUAACAAAAUGAGAUCAGGCUUAAAAACUCUGUCACGACGUCCCAAUACACAAGUGGCUGUCAGCCUUGGGACGGGAUCGGUUCUCAUCGUUGGACCAGCAGCGAGUGGGGAAGAUACGAAUCCACAGCCGUGGAGGGAUUGUGGACCAACGAACCUCAAGGAUGUCAACCAUCUAAAAUCAACGGCUGCUAAAGAUCAACUAAACUCAACAACAACUUGUACUUAUGCUUCUACAACAACAACUACUACUACUACUUCUGCUAGUAAAAAUGCUGCGGGGAUAAAUAAUACACAAGGAUUGGUACAACUCAGAACUGUUGAAAGAGAAGAUGGAGAUGAAGCGCUCGUUGACAUACAGGAGACAUCGUGCUACGUUCUUGAAGGUUUCCUCGAAGGAGAUUCUUCUGCGAGUAGAAUAGAAAAAAAUAAUAAUUAAAUUCAUUAACUUUUUUAUUAUUAAUUAAUUUUUAUUAAGCCUUUACUAUAUUUUUUAUUAUCUAUAAUAUAACUUUUUACUCUAUAAUGUAAAGGUGCUUAUUAAAUAAAAUAUUUUCAUCAUAA